UGACCUUGCGCUGCUUGCAAGCUUUACACCCAAUCCUCGUUUUGGGACGGCGCCGCCCCAGGCGCGAGGCUUCAUUUCGUACAGGCUGCCCCUCUUCCAUUCAUUCGCACUCCCGGACAAUCAUCACGUAGAUAUCCUGAGGAGAAAAUGCGAGAGGUGGAUAUUUGCAAGAAACCCGAGUGUGUGCGGGCUGGAGAAUUGUCGGGAAAUCCUCCGGGAUUAGGUCAGCAUCUAUGUAUGACCUGGACGAUGCCUCCUGAACCCGAGGUAUGCAAGGAACUCUCGUUCCACCCGAUCUGCAAGACCCACCUAUCGUGAUUCAACCAUCCACAAGCUUAGGAUCCCGACACAUUCCAUGACUCAAUCGCGUCUGGAGGCGGGGGAAUCGUUAACUCUUCCGUCGCUAGCGAUUAUGACUGCCUGGAUCAGCCACGAGGUCGCCACGAGGUCGGCAGGCGGCCGGUCAUGUGACCAAACAGGGCAUUAUUGCUGACAUGUUCGUAUUCUCGAUGUAAUCAGCCAAACAGAUGCGAAUCAAGGCUGUACUACGUAGAU